UGGGAGGAUGCAAGUUCUUCAGGACAACUUCUUCUACCACUCAAAUUCGAGGUUUGGAGCUGAUGGAGGCCUCGAAAAAGAGAGACAACUUUUGGUUGAGGAACAGAAGUUAUGCAAAGCCCGAGCUCGCAAGUUUUCCCAGGAAACCCAGCGACGCAGGAGGGCUCUGGAGGAAAGACGGAAGCAGUGGGAUGUGCAGGAGCAGCGGCUAAGAGAGAGCAUCCUACAGCAACGCAGGCAGCGAGUGCAGGAUGCAACUGAGCGCUUCCAAAGAGCCCAUCUACCUCCUUCUCAGAGACGCAGACAGUCCUUUAGGAGACAUGUCCCAAAUAUUGAAGAUGUGCUCAGUCAACUGCAAGGCAGCUUGAGUUCUUACACCCAGCAGUCCUCUUUCUUGUCUAGCAACUCUAACAUUAGCAGAAGCUGCACUCCCUGUCCUAAGCCUCCCACAGUUUCUAAAUCCUCCCACCGUCAAGCACUCUCUGCCUUGGAGGCCUACACUAAACUGCUUCAGGAGCAGAGCAUGACCAGCGUCAAGAAAACUCAAGAAACUGAAGAGACACAAGAAAAACAACAAGAUCACAGUCCGCAAGACAUCCACCUGUCUGAUUGCUGUAAUUCUGAAAGCUUUUCAAGUAAAGACAGUUUGGAGACGGAGGACCCCAAGCAAAGCACAAGUAAUCUGCAGUGUUCCUAUUCAUCAUUCUUGCUUGACUCAGAGAAGCCCCCUCCAAAUCUGAGAAAGCAAAAUGAUUUCUUUCCAGCAUCAGACCUAUCUUUAUCAGAAAUGCUGCUUCCUGGUGAUAACUUAACCCAAUCACAAAAACUGCAUGAGCCUAAACAGAAAAAGCAAGAGGACUCUAAAAGGCCUAACAAUACGAUUCACAUCUCUAAAGUUUCUUGGGGGUCCACACCUGAGCAGGCGACUGAGACCAAACCUGGUCUGCACAACUGCAACUUGUUAACGUUUUGUGACAUUCUUAGUGCAGACCCAGAGCACUUUGAGGUGAACGUCCCACAAAAGAGCCCCAGUGACAACAUCAUUGUCAGAGUCUCUCCCGACAACGCAGCACUUGAGUCUUCAUGUCUGAAACAAGAGGCUCUGUUGGAUCUCAGACAGCAGAGGGUCCAUGAUGACAGACAGUUAAAACAUCCGUCAGCUACAGAAAUUCUUUUGCCUGCCAAAAAUGGCAACAGCAAAGAGAUUUUGUUUGGGGCUCCCCCAAAGCCAAAUAUUUUCUUGAAUGAUAGCGCAACAGAAAAUGCCUCACAAGAAGGAACUCUUCAACAAACAGGAAAAGAAAGCCACUAUCUGUCAUCCCAGAAAGAUCCUAGUGUUUCCAUAAACAACCUCAAUAAAGUUUCAAACUCAGAACCCAAAACUGAGAAGCCUAUUAGUACACCACUGCUGCAACACGCAUGCUUGUCUAACAUUCAAUCAGAUACUCCUAAGUGCCUUAAGUGUCCUGACGAGGAAGCACAGAAGUUGCCUGUUUCAGUGGGGACAUCUCAUUCAGUAUGUGAGGUCAGAUUCAUUAAAGGAAUUCUUAAAAAGCAGUCCAAGUAUAAAUCAGGAGAUACCACAUGUGUCUAUGGCUCAGGGCAUUUGAUUUUUGCAGAACAAGUGGUUUUAGCAGUGAGAGAUAGUGUUGAGUUGACAAGGGCAAAGACUAAGGAUGUGGAGAGCAACAACACCAUUAAAAAGAAGCUGCGUUGGUUUGAUGAGGUGCAUGUGCAAAAAGAGGAUAAAGAACAGAACAUAGUGAAACAGAUGAAAGGCAAGUCUUCCAAUCUUUCUCAGUUAAAGAAAAACCCAGAAGACCACCAGCUGAGUCUCACUGCAAUCUCAGGGGCCUCCAAGCAUGGACCCAGCAUGACCCCUCCAGCCUCCACUGGUUAUCAAUUUACAAAGCAAGCGUGGGCAGAUGUUGGGGUUCAAGUCAGCUUACCCCAGGAACGAACAGACGAGGUCAAGGUACUGUGGGGCAGCACCAGGACCAGUGGCCCCAAGGUCCCUCGGAGAGAGCGCUCUGCCAGAGUGGGAGCAGGUCCUGUUUCCUCACGGACUAGAAAGGGCACUGUCAUACGACCUCAAUCUGCCACCGAGGUGAGUCAGAUUGCGAAAAUCCAAGGGCUUAUGGUGCCCCGCCCACCUCCUCGGAUAGAAUCGGUGGAAGAAAAGACACCAUAUAUCACUAUGGCUCCAUAUGGCAUGGAUCAUGCUAGUGUCAGCUGUAAACAAGCCCUGACUGUAGAGCAGGCCCUGCAAAAGGACAACUCAGAAGGAUUUUUCUCACCAUACACGCAUCAUGUAAUCAGAACAGAUAAUACUGUUAUGUACACACCACUGCCACCCUCCUAUACAUGCCCCGUCGCAGAGGGCAACACGAAGGGCACACCCAGCUCAGGACAGCAGGAAUCUCAGGGAUGCAGUAGAAGAAGAGGGAUGGUGUUCAAUGAAAAAGGCCUCUGUUUAGAUUGCACUCCCACAGAUGAGGAGAUCUCACAGCUCUGGCACAGUGUCCGCAGCGCCUUAGCCUCCAAGGAUGAAAAAAACAUGCUUAGAAGACAGGCCCUGGAGAGUGGGCGAGCUGUGAGGAAACCCUGUGUGGAACAGAGCAGACAGCCUCCUGGCUCAGGGAUCAGAACGCUUCCUCAGCUUUCUCAGCCACCAAAACAGUCCACAGGACCAGGCAGAAUGUUUUCCAGUACUUGCAACAUGGCCUUUACAAAUGAAGGGUUGGAGAGCGCGGCCCAGUUACACCUGGCUGAUGUACAUCCUGAAGGCCUACUGGAAGAAAGAGAUUUUGUAGGUGUCAUGGAAACAGCCCAAACACAGGCUCCAGGAACAGUGCACCAGCGCAGCCAACAGCAGGGACUCACCGCCAUAUCCUUGGAAGAGCAGAAAAUCCUUCUCUCUCUGGACAGACUUAACCACCAGCUGCACUGUGUGCGGGAGCAUGUUGGGAGUAAUACAGGCACGCGAGGCCUCGCACUCAUUGAUGCACCCUCUACAAAGGAAAUGAAAGUCACAAACCAUCACAAGCACCGUGCUUCCUCGGCUAACAACCGCUCUCGAUACCUGAAGAAAUUCUGACAGAAAGCGUGUGAGGUCCUACUGUGCGUCAUACUGUGUAACCAAGCACUUUAUUACCCAGUAAAAAGGAUUUAGCCUCCUUUAAAACUAAACGUGCCUACUGGAGUGUCUUCAGGAUUGAAGAGACCAGCCAUAUUGGCCCAUAGACAUAAUAAACACAAAAUUUGACCAAACUGCAUUUUUUAUUUGGUGUGUUGAAAUUAGUUUUGUAUUUUCGCCAUCUGCUUAGGCAAGAACACAUAGCCACCAAAAACUUACUCUAGCUUUUGAUAAGCCAUUUGCUUUUAAGCAAACAAAUUCUGAUUGCGCCUGUGAAAAUGAUAGUGGCUUCAACUUGUUUUAUUUUACAAAUGCAAAUAGGCCCUUCUUCUUACAAUUGACACAUGACCAGAAUUCACUGCAAAAUAUACACUGUAAAUUAAUAUUUAUUUUUUAAAGCUGCCUCAUUCUGUAUUUAUUAUAUAUAAUUAUAAAUAUAAUUUGAUGGAAGCUAUUUUGAGACCAUAA